AUGAGUUAUUAUUCGUCUAUUGAUAUUCGAUAUUUAGAAGAUACGCAUUUCAAUAACGAGCGAAUAUUUGAUUUCCUUGAUACCAAUAUUCCAUUAUGUUCUCUUCAUCAAACGAAAACUGUUGUUACUGUUUUCUAUUUUAUCUCAUUGGCCAUAAUUUAUUUGAUGUGGCCUCAAGUUUUCAAAGAAUCUUCACCACUAGAGCUUGCAGUCGUGUUCUUCCCUAUCAUUUUUACAGCUUCAAUACAUGUUUUGAUGACCACUUUUUAUAUUGUCUUCGCCAAAUUCGAAGAAGCAUCUUUCAAGACAUGCAUUAGCUUCAUUUACAAUUAUCAUAGCCUUUAUCCAUUAAUAGAACUUGUAGGAUGUGGAAUUAUCCACUUUGGAGGAAAUGAUCUAAAUCUCUUCUGGAUUUCUUCAUUUUCUACAGCAUCAUUAGCUUUUGAUAUCAUGUUUGGACUUUACGCUGCUCGAUCCCACAAAAUUACAUUAAUUUUCCAAUGCGUGGCCUUAUUCCCUUGUUCUGUUCUCGUUCUCUUGUAUUCAGUCAAAUUAGUACCAGUAUGGUCCGUUUACAUUCCUUUCUUUGCUUACGGCAUCAUAUAUCUUACAAUUCUUUUAUCUUUAUUAAAAUGCAACAAAACAUGCAGUACGAGGACUGUUUCCUUUUUGGCCGACCCAGAGAUCAAAGCUGAGUUUAUAGCGUCCGAUGAUUACGAAAGCUUCUGGAAUGCGGCUUAUUGGAGAGAUAACACUCAGGUUCGCAGGAGAAGCGAAAGCGAUGACAGUUCCAGCUCCGAUGAAAUGUCCAGUUCAAGGACCGCACCAGAUACAACCGCUCUUAUUAACAUACAAAACAAAAAAGAACAAAAAUUCCCGAAGAAGGAGAAUUUCCAACUUUACAAGCUAGAUACGAUGAUAGAAAAGCCAAUAUUCAUUACAUCAUUGACAAUCAACGUAGCUUUCAUUGCUUUUGUCGCUGUGGCUUUUGUAAAUUCUUUCAAAGUCAUUCCUGGCUUCUAUUACAUCAUCGGAUGCUUCCCAAUUGUUUUGUUGAUUAUUUCACUCCUUAACUCGCGUUCAUUUGGCUACAACAGUUGCGUUAUUACGAAUAUUAAUAAUGAUCACGUUGAAAUUCUAUGGGAUCACCCAAGUUUCUCAUCAAUUUUCUAA